GUGUUCAAUCUCAGACGCCAGCUCGAGUAUAAGAAGCUGUCCAUGAGCGCUACAAGAAGGACAAUUUCUGGAUAUGAGGCAGUCAAAGCGGCCUUUCCGAGAACAAAAUGGGCUCUAAGCAAGACAAACGCAGUUUCGCGGCCCAAACCCCUGAUACGGGGAAAGACUCCAGUUCACGCUCCUCAGACCCCAGGAAGCAAUCACCACACCGGGAGAAGAAGUCUGGCAAAGCGUCUAGUGCUUCUGUUCCCACCAGCAGCUCGUCCGAUCGAGGACUGACCUUCCUCUUUGUCAUCACAGAGCUGGUCACCACUCACAUUUUCACCGACUCGUGGGGCCAGCCUGGGCCGCCGGAUACUUCCCAUGCCUAUCUUACAGAACAGGAACGACCGAGUGGUGUGAUGCGUUACGACAACGGCAUCGUCACGGCAGCAGCCGACCAAUGCGCGUGGAUGCGAGAUGACAUUUCCAGAGUCGGCAGCAUCAACUACAUGGUCGACCACGAGCCCCGCGUGGCGGUCACGUACAGCCAAGGCGCCGUGUUCUCUUGCAACCCCCUAAUGCCAUUCGCCAUGGUCAAGACAGAUCCCUCCGUGCAGGAGACAUACUACCACGGCGAGCUUUCAGGCCAGACAGAGGACCAUAAAUGGCAGCCCUUGCGCUUCUUUGCCCCGCUGGGCGCCGACAGGACGCCUACGGGUGUUUCCCAGGCUGUCUUCUCCAGCAGCCUGACGGCGGCACACAUCGGAGGCGUACCAAGGCCGUUUGUCGCCGGGAGGCAUGCCAGUUGGCUCGGUAAGCUUGUGCCGACUACGUACGACAGCCCCCUGAGCAACGCGCCGAGAUCGGCUGGCCUGGGUGGCGAGCUCACCAUUCUGCUUGCCCUGAUGACUUUCACCGCGCCUGUGGAGAUGGACUGCAUUUCACGAGCGCAUACGGUCUUCCUGAACCAUAAUGCGCGGUGGAGAUACGGGAAAUGGCUGCAUAACGACAAGACAGGCGGUUGGACAAGAUCCGUCGAGGAACGCCCGAGAGGGGUGCUCGUGACAGUGUCGCUUGACCCGUGGAAUCCACAGGGUUCGACGAGGGAGAAGCUGUCCAACUUUGAAUUCUUUGGCAGUCCGGCUAUACGCGAGGGUUAGCCAUGCUGCGUAGAGAGGCAUACAAGUACAGAUAGUAUAUGAAUUUUGUCUAUACCACGGUCGUUACGGCGUCUAAGUACAAUGCGAGAUCUGCCGGGGGGCGUUCCCCCAUUUCACUGAACGCCUUG